AUGUCGACAAAACCUCCUCAAUCAUCUUUAUUCCAGGUCUAUCUACGGUUGAGGCCUCCCAUGAGCCCGCAUAAUGAUGACAACGAACGAUUCAUCGCCGUCGAAGCUCCACAGGCCUCAGAAGAUGAGCAAGAAGAUUAUGCGCCUGCGCCAACCCAUAUCACGCUCCAACCGCCUAAUGAUACACGAAAACGCGCAAUUGAGAAAUUCGGGUUCACGAAAGUGUUUGAAGAGCGUGCGACUCAGUUGAAUGUAUUUCAAGACACCGGGAUGGAGUCAAUCGUUCGCGGGGUAUUGAAGGAGGGUCGUGAUGGACUGGUCGCCACGCUGGGAGUGACCGGUAGUGGCAAGAGUCACACCAUCCUUGGUUCCAAAUCAGAACGCGGUAUCACGCAGAUGGCCCUGGAUGUCAUCUUCCAAUCCAUCGGCAUGGCUAGGACGAACAAGAGCUUGACUAUAAGCCCCAUGAUACUCGCGUCCUUGGCCACAUCCGACCACUCCGAGGCCCAGCUUUUCUCCGCUCAGUCCUUUCUCGAUGCCGUCUAUGGCGAGCCUAACGCCGGUCGCAGUUCCAGAGCACCAACACCUUUGAGUCCAUCUCGUGCGAACACCCCAUCAACGGUACGGAGCCCUGAACCCCUGAGCCCCCAGAAGAGGAGUCCGGUGAAGCACCAGCAUCAAUCCAGCUACCCUGUGUCCUUUCCAACUCGCGGGGAUUCAGGUUACCCAUGCGGUGAUGAAACCUACACUCCCAUUGACUGGAGCGGAAAGCCCUCUGCCACACCAUCAAGGGUGCAAUCCACCAAGAUUUUCUCCCCUGGAUAUUCCACCCCUACCCCUUUCACUCGUUCAAAACCAUUGGAGAAUCGCUUUACUAAACCACGAUUUUCCGUCUUUAAGGAGCCUGCCCCUGCGCUGUUAUUUCCCCGUCGUCAACCCCGUGAGCGCGCAGUGACGAGCCCAAGACUCCCUGAUGUUGGCCACCUUACUAUAGACUUGAGCCCAAACUCUGAAUAUGUGGUACUUGUGUCCAUGUAUGAGGUCUACAAUGACCGAAUCUUCGAUCUCUUGUCGCCAUCAAUUGUUGCCAGCCAAGGUAACGCCAUGUCUCGCGGAAAUGCUCACAAAGACCGACGUCGACCAUUGCUUUUCAAGUCAACCGAGGGGUCCCCAAACAGAAAGUUGGUCGCAGGUCUCCGCAAAAUCGCCUGCAGUAGCUACGAAGAGGCCUUGGCCAUUCUCGACGUUGGUUUGACUGAGCGGAAGGUUACAGGGACCGGUGCGAACAGUGUCAGCUCGCGGAGCCAUGGUUUUUUCUGUCUCGAGGUCAAGAAGAUGGUGACGAAGCGACACGGAGAAACGAGCUGGACAGGGCAUACUUUGACUGUGGUGGAUCUAGCAGGCUCUGAGCGGGCAAGGACUGCGAAGACAGCCGGAGCAACACUCGCCGAGGCUGGCAAAAUCAAUGAAAGUUUGAUGUACCUGGGACAAUGUUUGCAGAUGCAAAGCAACCUCCAGGAUGGCAUAAAGACGGCCCUUGUUCCAUAUCGACAAUGCAAGCUCACCGAGCUUUUGUUCUCCUCUUCGUUCCCAUCAUCAAACCAGAUGUCUCGGGGGCAGUAUCCGCAAAAGGCGAUCAUGAUCGUCACGGCUGAUCCGUUGGGUGAUUACAAUGCUACAUCACAGAUUCUUCGCUACUCAGCGCUAGCACGCGAGGUGACUGUUCCGCGCGUUCCAUCACUAGCAGGAUCCAUCGUUUCCGCGACGUCUGAGCGAAACCAAUCGACCAGUGGACGUGUUUCGCUAGACGAUGGUUUAGCCGAGGAGCUUGAACGUGCGAUGGCCGAAAUUGCUCGGUUGACCAAAGACUGUCACAACUUUGCAGUUCGAUUGGCGGAAGAGGAGAUGGCGCGCUCGGAAGCUGAGAUCAAACUACAGGCAGCCGAGGAUCGAUGCGUCAUGAUAGAACAGGAGGUGCGCGAGGAGUGCUGGGCCGAUAUGGACGAGCAGAUGGAAAAGGAAAGAAAGCGUUGGCAAGCAGCAUGGGACGAACAGAUCGGCCGAAAUGAUGAGCUCGUGGACAAGAAAGUUGAGUUGGUCUCGCGUGGUUUCAAUAUCUACGAGGAUCCUGAACCGUCCGCCAAUGAAAGGAUUGAGGACUUGGAAAACGAGAAUGAGCAGCUUCGCCGCCGGUUGGCUGCAAUGGAACGCGAAAUGUCUUCGCAGUCUCCUACGCGCAAGCCGCGCGCGAAGCAUGCGCCGUCGUCACCCAAGGGGGCCAUUAAUCGUCUGGGACGAGGCAGCGAGAUUGACAACGCUAUUCAACGUGUGAAUCAGCUCAAUAUCACGGAUGGCAUGUUCUCCGUACCAUCCCCUGUGCCCAAGUUGGCUUCACCUGGCAAGAAACUCAGAAAGAUUUCCACACGCAAGUGGGAUCUCGCGCCAGAAAAUGAGAUCUAG